ACUGCAGAGACUGAAUCAUUUUUUCAUCAAAGAUUCAGAGUUGGAUUUCUUCUGGAAAUCAGUGUGACAAUGUGGAUGUUUGCUCUUCAGGUGGUUGUCAUCUGUGUUUUACUGCAGGUGCCAGGCUGCUUCCCAUCAUGCCUCAUAAUAGGUUCUGAGGCCAACUGCGCCUUCAAAAACCUCCGCUGGGUUCCUGCUCUGCCUCCCAACAUCACCCACCUGUACCUGGGGAUGAACCGCAUUGGGGAGAUCAAUGCUACCUCUCUGUCAGGCCUCGAGGAGCUACAGGAGCUGGACCUCGGGCAGCAGUAUUCGCUACUCAGGAUUAGGAACAACGCCUUUACCAGACAAAGACAACUGAAGAGGCUGGUGCUUGUCUAUAAUGUCGGCCUUCAGCUAGAGCCACAGGCCUUUGCAGGACUGUCCAAUUUGCAAAGUCUCCACCUGGAUUACUGUUCACUUCAAGAAUCCAUCCUGAAGGAGAAGUAUUUGGAGCCACUGUCCUCCUUGGAGACUCUCAAUCUUUUUGGAAACAAGAUAAAGAAACUCCAGCCUUCAAUGUACUUUUCAAACAUGACUCAUUUGAAAAAUCUGAAUCUCAAGCUGAACAAAAUUGACAAAAUAUGUGAGUCUGAUCUGGUUGGUUUCCAGGGCAAGCAUUUCCAGGUCCUGAAUUUGGACUCUGUCCACCUUAAGGACAUGACUAGUGAAAGCUUUGACUGGCAGAAAUGUGGGAACCCUUUCAGAGGAAUGUCCUUUCAGACCCUUGACUUGUCCUACAAUGGGUUCAGCGUGAAGAAAUCAAAGCAGUUUUUCAGAGCCAUCAAGGGUACUAAGAUCUCCCAUCUCAGAUUGUCAGGGCCCAUGGGUAAAGGAUUUUCAUUUAACAAUCUCCCUGAUCCAGACCACAGCACUUUUGAAGGCCUGAGGAGCAGUUCAGUCCUCACUUUGGAUCUGUCUAAAAACAAGAUAUUUGCAUUGCAACCAGGGGUUUUUAGUCCAUUUAAAGAUGUUGCAAUCAUUGACAUUUCCCAAAACAGAGUAAAUCAGAUACACAGAAAUGCCUUUGAAGGUCUUCAGAGACAUUUAAAAAUGCUCAACCUGUCACAUAACCUGCUUGGUGAAAUAUAUUCCCACACAUUUGCUUCUUUAACAAACCUGAAAGUGUUAGAUUUGUCUUACAAUCACAUUGGUGCACUGGGAUAUGGCUCAUUUCGUGGACUUCCCAAACUAAAAGCGUUAUAUCUAAGUGGAAACUCACUGCGAGAACUUGGGUUCCCUGCAUCUCUACCAAACUUAGAUUAUCUCCAGUUGAAUGACAAUAAGUUGAUGCCCUCAUCUGUGAACACCUCCCCUGACCCCGUUGUUUUCCGCUCUCUCAGCGUCCUCGACCUAAAAAUGAACCGAUUCCACUGUGACCCAAACCUAAAGAAUUUCCUAACUUGGGUGAAAGACACAAACGUAACAUUUAUGAAUCCUGUUGCAGAGCUCAGAUGUGAAUUUCCUUCUGGUUUCUAUAACGUUCCUCUCUUAGAUUACUCUGCUCAGCUUACAAAGCAGUGAAAGCACUUGGAAGUGAGCAAAUGUGUAUUUCACUUAUUAACGGAAUGG